AUGAUACCCGGCACCCAAGGCAUCCGCGCCGCGCACCCGAAAACUUUCUUCUUUGCCCCCUUCCCCGACACACAGUUCGACCCGCAUGCAGCCGCAGCACGCCCACAACACACGUAUUACUGCGGUAUCCGCCUGCGCGACAGACCGAGGGCAGACAGUAAGUACGACGUCCGCGCGAUCUAUCCUGCAUCCCAUCCCCUUUGUAAGCCUCCCACCGAGAACAAAGCGCUAGCCAAAGUGGCUGAGCUGAGUAUCGAUGACUACUUCCUGAAGGCUCAGGUACCGGAGGACGAUGGAUUUUUGAAGCCGCUCUGGGAGAAGGCAAAUAAGAAGAAGAGUGGGUGGGAGGCUAGGGGGUCAGAUGAGGAGACUUCCCCGUCCCCCUCUAUAUUUAACUUCCAAGCCAUCUCCAUACUCCUCUUCCUCGUACUAACCCUCUUCGGAAUGUUCGGGUCCUCUUCAAGCUCGCUGCCCUGCCCCCUUCCGCUCACCGGAACGCUCAACUACGCCCUGCUGUGCGCGGCGUACACGCUCUUCCCGCCGACGCUGUGGGUGCGCGAUGGCGUGCUGCAGGUCUCGCUGCGUGCGGGAUGGUAUGGAAGGUAG